AUGGUCCGCACCCGGGGAUCCGCGAAGGCCUUGAGCGUCCUGCGCCUUGCGAAGCCACGGUCCAGCUUGAGAGUCCAACACCCCUCCGUACUCCGACCCCAGGCACUCAAGGCGGUACAGAUCAAUGACAAGAUCCACCAAGUCGAUCACUGGUUCAAUAUCUCGAAGACCAUCCAGUCCCUAGUCUCCCGCAAGCUGCACCUUCAGCCCGACCACCCAGUGGCCAUAACCCGCAAAAUCAUCGAGUCCGUUUUCCCGGAACCUACCUUCCAAUACCACAAUAACUUCGACCCCGUUGUGUCCACCUACCAAAACUUCGACUCCCUCAACAUCCGACCCAACCACCCGAGCCGUGGCCCCUCCGACACCUAUUACCUCAACAAAUACACCCUCCUGCGCACCCACACCAGCGCGCACCAGGCCGAUCUCUUCCGCGCCGGCGUCAGCGGCUAUCUAAUCAGCGCCGACGUCUAUCGCCGAGACGAGAUCGACCGCAGUCACUACCCCGUUUUCCACCAGACGGAGGGCGCCCGUGUGUGGGACCGCACCAAGCUACCUCCCGGGAAAAGCCUAGAAGAUGUUGUCCGGGAGGAUCUCGAGAAGCUACCGGUACACAACAUGCAGGUGGAAGAUCCCAACCCUCCCUUCCACGCCGGCAACCCCCGGCAGUCGAAGUACCACACAGAGAACGAGGUGGAAGUAGUCGCGGCACACCUGAAGCGCUCGCUGGAACUGAUGGUGAAUGAGAUUUUCUCCAAGGUAAAAGCCGCCGCCGCAGCAGCAGCAGCGACCAAGACCUCCACAAAGAACCAACCGCAAGCAGAACCCCUCCGCGUGCGCUGGGUCGAGGCCUACUUCCCGUUCACAUCGCCCUCGUGGGAGCUCGAGGUGUUCUACCAGGGCAAAUGGCUCGAGGUACUGGGGUGCGGGGUGAUCAAGCAGUCACUUCAUAUCAAUGCAGACCGGCCCCAUCAGAUUGGCUGGGCGUUUGGUAUCGGUUUGGAGCGCAUCGCCAUGCUGCUCUUCCAGAUUCCGGAUAUCCGGCUGUUUUGGUCGCAGGACGAGCGGUUCCUGUCACAGUUCCGUGGUGUGGAGGCUGCGAUGGAUAAGAAGUUACGGUUGUUUGUCCCGUUCAGCAAACACCCGGGGUGCUCCAAGGACGUAUCGUUUUGGGUGAAGAAGGAGGAGAGUGCGGCGGAUGGGGAUGGUAGGGUUGCUAAUAAGGGGAAAGUGGACUGGCAUCCGAAUGAUUUGAUGGCGGCGGUGCGGGAUGUUGCAAAGGACUCCGUAGAGGAUGUUACACUUGUGGAUGAUUUUACGCACCCGAAAACAGGGAGGCGGAGUAUGUGCUACCGGAUCAAUUAUCGGAGUUUGGAGAGGACAUUAACGAAUGCCGAGACGAAUCGGUUACAUCAGAGCGUCAUAAGGGAGUUGGUUAAACGGUUAGGGAUAGAACCUAGGUUGUAA